ACAGUAACAGGAAGCCAUGUUUCCUCAGCUCAUGACUGACAAGUUACAACCUGUUUCCUUUUUAUGCAAAACCUAGAGUUUGGUCAGAGCAAAAACAGAUGUCAUGAAUACAGAGGCAUAAUACAACUGAACUAGCUUAAGAUAUUCAUAUUAACUUGAAGAUGAUGUCAAUUUUGUUACUGACCAUUGGUCUUCUUCUGCACAUUGAUGGUGGAAGUACAAGAGGAGAUUCAUUAGAUGUUACUGACCACCCAGGGACAGAACCAGUGGAUACCAAUGUCAAGAAGCUUCUCUCUGAAAUUGAUAGUAAAAUGCCCAGGGAUACCACCCAAAGGAGUGUAACUGAGCCUACUCCUUUGCUUGAAGAUGAAUUCACCACUGCACAGUAUAAAACUACAACUCCCUCUUUGUUACCCAAUAUCAAAAGAAAAGAAUACAAAAUAUUUGAAAAGACUAUAAGGAUGCCAAUAAAAGUUUCUGCAACUGCAAAAGUAGAAACUAAGAAAUCCAGUGAUGAGCAGAUUGGGACAGCAGGAAAGGCUACUAUACAAGUCGAGGAGAUCCAAAAAAGACCAGAUCCUUCUUCCAGACUGAAUUACAUCAAUAAGAACAGUCAGAAGCCAAACUUUGAAACAACACGAGGAAAAAACUGGUGUGCCUAUGUGCAUACAAGACUCUCACCCACUGUUGUAAUGGAAAACAUGGAAACAUAUGUAUCUUCUGGAGCAAAUCCAUGCGCCUGGAAUACGGGAGCCUGUCCUGUGAGGAGUCGAGUGAUUUUGCAGCCUGUGUAUAGACUGAAACAUAAAAUACUGACAUCAUUGGAGUGGAAAUGCUGCCCAGGGUAUAGUGGAGACCAGUGCAAAGUAACAGCUCCACAGCUUCAAAAACAGGUACAUCGGAACCAGGCAGAAAGCAGCCUUGCCAUUAAUGAGGUAGAUCCUGAAGAUAAGAGAACUUCAGCGUAUGACCCAGCACUGCAGCAAAAACUGACUGAACAGAUUUACAACCAAGAAAUGAAGCUAAUUCUUCUCCAAAGGAAUGCUGAAAAUAUCUCAUCAAGCUUGAGCAAUGUGCACAGAACACUGUAUUCUCUGGAAGAGAAAAUCAACGAAGCAGAUAAGGAGAAAAAUCUGCCAUCAGUCCUUAAAGAUUUGAAAUCGAAAAGUUUUACUGACCUAAUCAAAGAAAUAGUUAAGGAUCAGCUGACAGUGCUGCAGGAAGACAUGAAGGAAACAGUAGCUCAACUGUAUAAAAGUAUGUCUGAAAUGUCUCUCGACAUUGAAAGGACCAAGGAAUUUGUGAAAACAUUGAAUGAUACAAUAAUUUCUACUCAUAAGAAGUGUGCACAAGAAGAAGAGAGCAAGGCAACGAUGGACGAUGUGGUAGAACUCAAGAAUCGAAUUGAGACUUUAAAAAAUACAGCUUUUGUUUGUACAACGUCUUUUAAAGAAAUGGAGGCAAAGCAUUUGGCACUAGAAAAGGAAUUAGAACAUGAGAAAUCACGAAACAGGGAUUAUUUUGAGUCAUUGAAUAGCACGCUAAGCAAAAUAAGAGAAAUUCAUAGUCAAAUGUUAACUGAGGAACAUACAAAGGAGCCAACAGUCUCAGUAGAAAGUAAUUCCAUGAAUGAUAACAUAACUGAAUAUCUUAUUAUUUUGCAAGAAAGAUUGAAAAAGCAGAAUGUAAUGAUGCUUACACUGUUUGAUGAUAUUAAUUCACAAGAUGGCAAAAUCAAUAAUCUUACAAUAAUGUUGGAUUUUCAGAGGCAAUCGAUUGAGAAAGCCUGUGAAGACAGAUUUUCAACUUGCAAGAAUGAUUUCCAGAAGCAGUUAAAGGGAGCUGAAGAGACUAUGCAUGUCUUAAACAAAACUGUAUCUGAUGUGGUCCUUCCUCUGGAUGACAAGAUUGAUAAAAUGAAUGAGCAAAUAAGCGAUUUGUGUUAUGACAUGGACAUACUGCAACCAUUAAUAGAACGAGGGGCACCAUUUAGUAUGACAACUGAAUAUGAACAUAAGACUGAUAUAGGGGAAGUCAACAACCAGAUUAAGAAUAUAACAGAAUUCCUCAAGGACCUAGGCUCUAGAAUGCAAGAACUUGCUAAAGGUCAGGAAGAACUUCACAGCAAGGCAGAAGCUCGAGAACAGAUUUUUGAAAGGCGUCUUAGUGAGUGCCUCAUGGAAGUUGAAGAUGGCCUUAACAGCACUAUGGAUGUAAUAAAUAAUGCUGUUGAUUCUAUCCAUGAUAAUUUUGUUAUGACAUCAACCAUAUCUGACAUGGAAAAUGUAGCUGAACUUUACUAUAAUGCAACAAAUGAGAAACUGAAAAAGAUAAUGUUGGCCAUUCCACAGUUAAACAAUACCUUGCAGAACCUGGUCAAAGAAUCAGGAUCAAGUCAACAGGAUGUACAUUAUACCAAGGUGUCAAAUGAAAAUAACAUCAACUUGUUGACUUAUGUUGAGCUUUCUCAAAAGAUAAAUGCCAUGCAAAUCAGAUUAGAGCAAAAUCAAUUAAACAUGACCUACAUGGAGGAAAAACUGCAACUUUCAGAAACUAAGGCAAACAGCUGCCAAACACGGGUGCAAAGUAUAGAGUCCCAAGUAAAUAUACUCCUCACUAACCCUACAACUUCUCCAAAGAAUAAAAAGGAUGAGGUGAUCUCAAAAGGCAACUUCCAACAAGAUGUAAACAUAAGAGUUAAGGCCCUUGAGUUUAAAACAGUACGAAUGUCAUCAAGUAUACCACAACUAAAUAAAACAGCCUAUGAGGCAAAAGCCUUGUGUCAAAGCAUUUUCAUCACUGUUAAGAAAUUCAAUAACAGUGCGCCCCAAUUAAUUAAAGCUGCCCAGCCAAAUAUUACACAUUUACAGAAAGGUUUUGAGGAGCUAAUUCGUUCCUUAGUAGAAAUAAAAAUGGAAACAGUCUUGUCAAAUCUGACUUACUAUGUUGAUAGUUCACUAUCUGAUAUGAGAAAUAGCAUUGCUAAACUUCAAAAACAAAUGAAGGCCCCUGCAAAGAAGACCGUUCCACCUAAAAAAAGCAUGAUCAAUCCAACUGCAUCUGCCAUUGGACGAAGUCAAAGAAACACUGAUAUAGCAGAUCAAGAUGCAUAUUUAAGUUGCAACAGUGGACCUUGUUUAAACGGUGGAACCUGCAUUAAUGACCUAAAAGGCUUUACAUGCGCCUGUCGUCAUCCUUUUGGAGGAGUGAAUUGCAGUCUGAAGAUGUCGGAUGACAAUACUCAGUCUUUAGAUUUCUCAAAAGGAUCGUACCGUUAUGCACCAAUGGUGGCUUUUUCUGCUUCUCACACGUAUGGGAUGACAUCUCCUGGACCAAUUCGAUUCAACAAUUUAUAUGUAAAUUAUGGCUCCUCUUAUGUACCCAACACUGGAAAAUUUCUUGUGCCAUACCUUGGAGUAUAUGUCUUCAAGUUUACCAUUGAAUCAUACAGUCAUCGCGUUUCUGGCUAUUUAGUAGUUGAUGGAAUUGACAAGUUUGCUUUUCAGUCUGAAAAUAUUAACAGUAGCAUGUACAGUGAUAGGAUGGUGACCGGAGAUGCUUUGUUAGAACUGAACUAUGGUCAGGAAGUAUGGCUCAGGUUGACAUCAGGCUCCAUUCCAGCACAGUACCCACCUGUUACAACAUUUAGUGGAUACCUGUUGUACCGCACAUAAUGCUGAUUAUGGUAUAUAUAUAUUUUUUUGUUUUUCAUAUAAAUAUUAAGACCAGAAUGCAUCCAGAUAUGAACUCCAUGGCACAAAAAUAUGUACAGGAUUUCCUAGUGUUUAAACUGAAUCUCCAAAGCAGUAGGUUUGCUACAGUAGGUGAAUAAAAAAUAAAAAUGUCACUUCAGCUAUUUCUAAGUUUUUAAAGUUUUUAAAUUUUAGAAUUACCAUAUGUAUGAAAUCCACCAUGUUAUUGUUCUUAGGAAGGCUGUGUUCACACUUGUGUUGUGAAGCUCUAUCACCAGUUCUCUGAAACAUU